CGUCUGCGCGGCGCCGAGCCGAGGGUCCGUGUCGGGCGGCGUGCGUGCGUGCUCGCGUGCGUCCCUGCGUACGUGCCUGUUUAGUGCGGUUUUCGUUCAGUGGUCGCUGGCGGAGCAGUGCCGCCGAACUGACUGAGGAGCCGCGUCUGUAGGAGGAGAGGCGAGGUUCAGUCCUUACGAAAUACAACGUAACAAUGGCUUCCAAAAGAGCUCUGGUCAUCCUGGCCAAAGGGGCCGAGGAGAUGGAGACGGUCAUCCCCGUGGACGUCAUGCGGCGAGCCGGAAUUAAGGUCACUGUUGCGGGUUUGGCUGGAAAAGACCCUGUGCAGUGCAGCCGAGAUGUGGUCAUUUGUCCUGACACCAGUCUGGAAGAUGCAAAAAAAGAGGGGCCUUACGAUGUAGUGGUUCUGCCAGGAGGUAACGUGGGCGCACAGAAUUUAUGUGAGUCUGCUGCCGUGAAGGAGAUACUGAAGGACCAGGAAAGCAGGAAGGGCCUCAUAGCCGCCAUCUGUGCAGGUCCCACGGCUCUCUUGGCUCAUGAAAUAGGUUUUGGAAGCAAAGUCACAACACACCCACUCGCGAAAGACAAAAUGAUGGCUGGAAGUCAUUACAGCUACUCAGAGAAUCGCGUGGAGAAGGAUGGCCUGAUCCUCACGAGCCGGGGGCCGGGGACCAGCUUCGAGUUUGCCCUUGCCAUUGUUGAGGCGCUGAGCGGCAAGGAGGUGGCCCAGCAGGUGAAGGCUCCGCUCGUGCUUAAAGACUAGAGCAGAAGUGUUAGCCGGCAGGUUAGGAGCGGGCCACGUGCCGUCUGUCCUCCCUGUGCACGGUAGACAGAGACGGGCGGCUUCUGGGCAGAGGAGCCGCUGCGCUGCUUCGUGACGUGCGGCCGUGAGGGGACCCUCCACAGACGCCUCACCCGCACCUGUGUCCCCACAUUUCUGAACCGUGACUGCAAAAUAAACAGGACAUUUAGCAAACUACCAAA